ACACACACACACACACACACACACACACACACACACACACAGCUCAGCAUCGCCACUCUCACGACUUGUUAAUCCACCAGUCGGAUGCUCCACGGAGGAAGCGUUUAGUCCAUCUGAGGCAUCUGAAGGGAGGAUUUGAGUAACAGCUCUAGUGAGAGCCUGCCUGAAGAUGGCAUGAAGACCGAGGUGCAGCGAUCUGGACCAGAACCACAGCUAGAAUGAAUGGGUCAAACAGCACAACGUACCAGGAGGAGGAGCUGCUGGGUAACUCCACCUGGGCCUACUAUCACCAGAACUACACCCACCCCCCUUCACUGCUACACGAAAAGACCACCACCCCCAAACCUGCAGCGUGUGAGCAGGUCCACAUCGCAGUGGAGGUGUUUCUGAUCCUAGGCAUCAUCUCGCUGCUGGAGAACAUCAUGGUCAUCACAGCCAUCGUCAAGAACAAAAACCUCCACUCCCCCAUGUACUUCUUUGUUUGCAGUCUGGCAGUAGCAGAUAUGCUGGUGAGUGUGUCUAAUGCCUGGGAGACCAUCAUCAUUUACCUGCUGAACAACCGACAGCUGGUGGUGGAGGAGCACUUCAUCAGACAGAUGGACAACGUCUUUGAUUCAAUGAUCUGCAUCUCUGUUGUUGCGUCCAUGUGUAGCCUGCUGGCCAUCGCUGUGGACAGGUACGUCACCAUCUUCUACGCUCUGAGGUACCACAACAUCAUGACAGUGAGGAGAGCGGGCUGCAUCAUUGGAGGAAUCUGGACCUUCUGCACCAGCUGUGGCAUUGUCUUCAUCAUCUACUCCGAGACCACCCCUGUCAUCAUCUGUCUGGUGUCCAUGUUCUUCGCAAUGCUGCUCAUCAUGGCGUCCCUCUACAGCCACAUGUUCAUGCUGGCCCGCUCACACAUCAAGCGUAUUGCCGCCCUGCCCGGAUACAACUCCAUCCACCAGCGCACCAGCAUGAAGGGCGCCAUCACACUYACUAUCCUCCUGGGAAUCUUCAUUGUCUGCUGGGCUCCUUUCUUCCUUCACCUGAUCCUCAUGAUCUCCUGCCCGCGUAACCUCUACUGCGUGUGCUUCAUGUCCCACUUCAACAUGUACCUCAUUCUCAUCAUGUGCAACGCAGUGAUCGACCCGCUCAUCUAUGCCUUCAGAAGUCAGGAGAUGAGGAAGACUUUCAAGGAAAUUAUCUGUUGUUACAGUCUGAGGAACGCCUGCGCCAACAUCUGCGCUCUGACUGGUAAGUACUGAGAAACAGGAAUGGAGAAGAUUUAUGACAAGACUCAUGAGACGAAUGAUUUGAGCCGAAUCUGACACGGGAGCAAAUAUAUUUAAAAUGCAGCGUCCAAAAACCGAUUYACCACACUUGGCAGACAUAGGAGCUGAGUUUCAACUCUGUUCACCAGUGACUAAAAUAAAGGAGCUGAAAUGAAGACUACACCAGUCAAAGGACUCCCACAGUGUUCAAAAUAGACAAAGAGGUUAGUUUAUUUGGUACAUUGUCCAAACAGGCAGUUAAAAUAUUUCACAUUAAAACAUCCUGCUUUUUAUUGUCUGGUUUAUUUUUCUGACCAGUUGGGAAAAUUAUCUUUCCCCGACCAGAAUCUGACUUAUGGCACAGGCUGAUAAAUGGAGAGGAUACUUUCCUUUUAACUGUUACAGUAUUAUUGAACCRUAAAAACUGAGAGUGCUGAUAUUCUUGCUUUUAAUUACCCAUGAUGACCCCCCAUAUCCAGAGUAGUUUCAGAGCACUAAUGAACUCAUCCUUGGUAAUAAUUAGGACCACACGCAUGAAUGAGUAGAGGAAGGAGUGAAGUCAGAAACAACUCAAGUAUUGAAAGGAACAGGACAGAGUUUGCCUCCAAUUAAUCUCAGUGAUAUGUUUCCAGCUACUGCCUUUUUUAUUUUGAAUUUAUUCACAUGCAGAUGGAACGCCUUUUAGAAGUUUAAUCCGUUUAAGAAUCCUAGAGAAAUUUUAAUACCUUAUUCAUAACAAAGAUUUGUUACGAUGUGUUUAAAUCCCUCAAUGUUAUAUAAAUAUAUUUAUUCAGAACUUUAUUUCUGUGGCAAAAUGACAUUUAAAUGUCAAUUAAAAUAAAGCCCCUUCACGCUGGAUAACGACUCUGCUUGGCUCUCCGUGACCAACCCAACUUUAAUUGCUGCAAUUUUAGAUUUCCUCCAAGCGUGACACUAAGCAAUUGUUAUUACCCAAACAGGUUGUUUCCUGCUAUUUUCUUUUUGCUAAUUUUGAUAUGUUUUCUUCCACUUUUUAUGGAUUUAGGAAAGUAUUAAUGCAGUUGUUGCAGCUGUCUAACUCUAAUUCUGUUUUUACACAACUAAAAAAACACACUAAGCCGUUUCCUAAUAGUUCUUUUCAAGUCAGGGCACAUUUUUCGACACAACACCUGCACUCUAAGGAUAAAAGAGAAGAAAAACAACCCUGCUUCUGCCAUUAUAAUUAUUUUUAAAAGGAUUGUACAGUUUAAAGGAUGAUCCAUGGGUGAGCUCAGCUGUCAGAAUGUGUGCAUCCUAAACUCAAAAUUAAUUCAUUGAACUGGUAUAAAUGAAGGAUUAUAAUGAUCACAGGUUGACAGAAUAAUUAGCAGCAAGUCUCUGAACAUUGAUUAAAACUAUUCACUUUAAUAAAUAACUUUGCUCUAUGCAAUUUUGAAACUGUUGCUUUGUAGGAGACUAAUGCAGUGACAUUUAUUGAAAUUAUUUUGCACUUUUGCCUUUGUCUCAUAGUUUAUAACUAAGAAGUAAAAACGUAAAAGCUCUUUGUGUGCAAUGUUUUAAAAAACACUUCUUUUAUUGUUGUCAUGAAACAAAAAUCAAUAUAAAUUAGUUUUUUGUCAAAAAAACUCUUCAAYAAAAAGUCAAAUCAAAUUUCUAAAAUAAGACGAAUACAGUCCUGACAAACUGACUGAUAGAUGGAGAACAGAGGGAGAGGAUCACCAAGA